AUGAUUACUUCAGAUUUGCCAGUGUUACAGGAUUCUACAAAUGAAACUACUGCACAUUCAGAUGCUGGCAGUGAGCUUGAAGAAGCAGAAGUCAAAGGAAAAAGAAAAAGGGGCCGUCCUGGCAGGCCUCCAUCUGCCACUAAGAAACCUCGGAAGUCUCCAGCAGACAAGGGUCGUUCUGAAUCUGGAGCCAGAGGAGCAAGUCGUGGAAGAGCUAAUGGCCACCCUCAGCAGAACGGAGAAGGGGACCCUGUCACUUUGUUUGAAGUGGUUAAGCUGGGGAAAAGUGCUAUGCAGUCUGUGGUGGACGACUGGAUUGAAUCAUAUAAACAAGACAGGGACAUAGCACUUCUGGAUUUAAUCAACUUCUUUAUCCAGUGUUCAGGAUGUCGAGGUACUGUAAGAAUUGAAAUGUUCAGGAACAUGCAAAAUGCGGAAAUCAUAAGGAAAAUGACGGAAGAAUUUGAUGAGGACAGUGGUGAUUAUCCACUUACCAUGCCUGGGCCACAGUGGAAGAAGUUUCGAUCCAACUUCUGCGAGUUCAUUGGAGUGCUCAUUCGACAGUGUCAGUAUAGCAUCAUUUAUGAUGAAUACAUGAUGGACACGGUGAUCUCUCUUCUGACUGGUUUGUCAGAUUCCCAGGUGCGGGCUUUCAGGCACACCAGUACAUUAGCUGCUAUGAAGCUUAUGACUGCUCUUGUGAAUGUUGCCUUAAACCUGAGCAUUCAUCAGGAUAAUACACAGAGGCAGUAUGAAGCUGAGAGAAACAAAAUGAUUGGCAAAAGAGCUAAUGAAAGAUUGGAGCUGCUGCUUCAGAAAAGGAAAGAGCUACAAGAAAACCAAGAUGAAAUCGAAAAUAUGAUGAACUCUAUUUUUAAGGGUAUAUUUGUUCAUAGAUACCGUGAUGCUAUUGCUGAGAUUAGAGCUGUCUGUAUUGAAGAAAUUGGCGUCUGGAUGAAAAUGUACAGUGAUGCCUUCCUGAAUGAUAGUUAUUUAAAAUAUGUUGGUUGGACACUACAUGACAGGCAAGGUGAAGUGAGGUUGAAGUGUUUGAAAGCUCUUCAGAGUCUGUAUACCAACAGAGAGUUAUUUCCAAAACUGGAGCUGUUCACGAAUAGAUUCAAGGACCGCAUUGUAUCAAUGACACUUGAUAAGGAAUAUGAUGUCGCUGUGGAAGCCAUUCGAUUAGUCACGCUAAUACUUCAUGGAAGCGAAGAAGCUCUGUCGAAUGAAGACUGUGAGAAUGUUUAUCACUUGGUGUACUCAGCCCACCGGCCUGUUGCAGUAGCGGCUGGAGAAUUCCUGCACAAAAAACUGUUCAGCAGACAUGAUCCCCAAGCUGAAGAGGCUCUAGCAAAGAGGAGGGGGCGAAAUAGUCCAAAUGGAAACCUUAUUAGAAUGUUGGUUCUUUUCUUUCUUGAAAGUGAGUUGCAUGAACAUGCAGCCUAUUUGGUGGACAGUUUGUGGGAGAGCUCUCAAGAACUCUUGAAAGACUGGGAAUGUAUGACAGAAUUGCUCUUGGAGGAACCAGUCCAAGGAGAGGAAGCAAUGUCUGACCGGCAGGAGAGUGCUCUUAUUGAGCUGAUGGUGUGUACAAUCAGACAAGCUGCUGAAGCACAUCCUCCAGUAGGCAGAGGCACUGGCAAAAGAGUCUUGACAGCAAAAGAAAGAAAAACUCAGAUAGAUGACAGAAAUAAGUUGACUGAGCAUUUCAUUAUUGCACUUCCUCUGUUGCUAUCAAAGUACUCUGCUGAUGCCGAGAAGGUUGCAAAUCUCCUGCAAAUCCCUCAGUAUUUUGAUCUGGAAAUCUAUAGCACGGGCAGAAUGGAAAAGCAUCUGGAUGCCUUACUGAAACAGAUUAAGUUUGUUGUGGAAAAGCAUGUGGAAUCAGAUGUUCUCGAAGCCUGUAGCAAAACCUACAGCAUACUCUGUAGUGAAGAAUAUACAAUCCAGAACAGAGUUGACAUAGCCCACAGCCAACUUAUUGAUGAAUUUGUGGAUCGAUUCAACCAUUCUGUAGAGGAUCUGCUGCAGGAGGGAGAAGAAGCUGAUGACGAUGACAUAUACAAUGUGCUCUCCACGUUAAAAAGGUUGACCUCUUUUCACAAUGCUCAUGACCUCACAAAAUGGGAUCUGUUCAGUAACUGCUACAGAUUACUAAGAACUGGAAUUGAACAUGGAGCUAUGCCAGAACAGAUAGUUGUUCAGGCACUGCAGUGUUCCCAUUACUCUAUUCUCUGGCAGCUGGUGAAAAUCACUGAAGGCUCCCCUUCCAAAGAGGACUUGUUGGUAUUGAGGAAAACUGUGAAAUCCUUUCUGGCUGUCUGCCAGCAGUGUCUAUCAAACGUCAACACUCCAGUCAAAGAACAGGCUUUCAUGCUGCUCUGUGAUCUCUUGAUGAUUUUCAGUCAUCAGCUGAUGACUGGAGGUCGAGAAGGUCUUCAGCCUUUGGUGUUUAAUCCAGAUUCAGGCCUCCAGUCAGAACUUCUCAGUUUUGUGAUGGACCACGUCUUUAUUGACCAAGAUGAUGAAAACCAGAGCAUGGAGGGAGAUGAAGAAGAUGAAGCUAACAAAAUAGAAGCUUUACAUAAGCGAAGAAACCUUCUGGCUGCCUUUAGCAAGUUGAUAAUUUAUGACAUUGUGGACAUGCAUGCAGCAGCAGAUAUCUUCAAACACUAUAUGAAGUACUACAAUGACUAUGGAGAUAUCAUUAAGGAAACCCUGAGCAAAACAAGGCAAAUUGAUAAAAUCCAGUGUGCAAAGACACUCAUUCUCAGUUUGCAGCAGCUGUUCAAUGAGCUUGUUCAGGAGCAAGGUCCCAAUUUGGACAGGACAUCUGCCCACGUUAGUGGGAUUAAGGAACUGGCUCGUCGGUUUGCCCUCACUUUUGGCUUGGAUCAGAUCAAGACAAGAGAGGCUGUGGCGACACUACACAAAGAUGGCAUAGAGUUUGCCUUCAAAUAUCAGAAUCAAAAAGGACAAGACUAUCCACCUCCUAACCUUGCUUUCCUUGAAGUGCUUAGUGAAUUUUCUUCUAAACUCCUGCGACAGGACAAAAAGACUGUUCACUCCUACUUAGAGAAGUUUCUGACAGAACAGAUGAUGGAAAGAAGAGAAGAUGUGUGGCUUCCGCUCAUUUCCUAUAGAAACUCACUAGUGACGGGUGGUGAAGACGACAGAAUGUCCGUUAACAGCGGAAGCAGCAGCAGCAAAGCCUCUUCAGUAAGGAAUAAGAAAGGACGACCACCGCUCCACAAAAAGAGAGUGGAAGAUGAGAGCCUGGAAGGCUCCUGGCUGAACCGGAAUGAAAACAUACAUACUCCAGGGACACUGCAAGCUCCGCAGCUCACCUCCACUGUCUUGAGAGAGAACACUAGACAAAUGGGAGAGCAGAUCCAGGAGCACGAGUCGGAGCAGGGAUCUGAACAAGAUUUUUUACACAAUCCCCAGAUGCAGAUAUCAUGGCUGGGCCAACAGAAGCUAGAAGAUUUGAAUCGAAAGGACAGGACAGGAAUGAACUACAUGAAAGGGAGAACUGGUGUAAGGCAUGCAGUACGAGGUCUAAUGGAAGAUGACGCUGAGCCCAUCUUUGAAGAUGUAAUGAUGUCCUCACGAGGUCAGCUAGAGGAUAUGAACGAAGAAUUUGAGGACACAAUGGUCAUUGAUCUGCCACCUUCGAGAAACCGGCGCGAGCGGGCUGAGCUGAGGCCAGACUUCUUUGACUCCGCAGCGAUCAUUGAGGACGAUUCAGGAUUUGGAAUGCCUAUGUUCUGAAGUCUGGUGAAGACAUUUUACAAAUUUGGAACUCUAUUGUUUAGAGCUAGAGGCCUAUAUACUGUGAUAGCUUGUAUGAAAAACCACAUUUUUGAUGUGAUACGGUUUGAUUUUUAACCAAAUGAUUGAGGUCAAUCCCUUUUUGUAGUGACGGGCAGAAGAGGAGCUUCUUAAUGACACAAAGGAAUGUUGGCCAAUCCAGUCACCUCAGAAGGGCUGACCUAAAAAAUCAUUUGUAUCCCUGUUCUUGACUGUCCUAAUACAGACUUUUUUUUUUCUGGAUGAGGAGGAAGUUUUAAAUUGUUAAGACAGCUGUCAAAAUAAACACUGUUCUACAUACGUUUUCUGAAAACAACAUUGAGUGAAAACAGAACUUUUUAACUUUAUUUUUCUGCUGUACAAUUUAAAACAGUUUUAACAUUUGCCUUUUUAUGUUUUAAAAGCUAGCCAUUUUUAUGAAACCUAUGCCUAUCAGCCAUUGACUAGCAGUGACGCUAUAAGCAGGUCGUUCUGGCUACGGAAAAGUGUUUUUGAACACACUGGAUUUGGUUAACGUUAUGGUACGCUUAUAUCCUCUCAUAGGCAUUGAGAAGAACACUCUUAUAGAAGAGGGUAGAAUUCUAAUGACGUGCAUCUCUGCCAAAAAAUUUCAGAUUCUGAUAUGAUAAACCCAGAUUUUAUACUCUUGAGAAGAUUUAUUUUUAUUUAUAAUGGGACAUAAAGUAAGAGAUGUCCAUGAAGCCACUUUUCCAACAGAUGCUGUGUAACAUUCAUUUUAUAUAGCACAUGGGGACACAAAAACAGUAAAUUUUCUAUUGGUACUUGCUCUGUGCAUUUUUAGCAACUUAUACCAGCAAAUAAAGUAUUCUCAGUAAAACACACAAAUGGUUCUCAAGUAAUCACUUUGCUGUUUUUACUACCUACUUCAGAGCCCUGCCAACCCAAGGUACAUAAACAGCAACUUUCCUAUUAAAAAAAGUAAUUCCAGGGUGGGGGAAAGGAAUCACUUUAGCAUACUGAAAGCAAUUUUAACUGUACCAUAAAACAAAGUCUACUUUCCAUGCCGUAAAUACCCUUUUGCGCUAUUUUUGUAAAUUAAUUUUGCCAGUUAGAAGUACUGUAUGUGCUGCAUAGAAAUUUGUGCUUAGAUGGUGAAGUUCUUAAGCUUACAAUGGCAUACAGCUACAUUAUCAGUGUUAACUGUGCAUCUUGAGAGUAAUUCUUUCGAGAAGACAUAUGAUUUUUCAGAAAAGUUAAAAACAUCAGAAAAACCCCAAGACAUUCUCAGCUAAUUCAUUGUAAGAAGAGAUUUUUCAGUGUCUUCAAUAAUUUGGAAUUUCAUUAUGCUUCGAGUUUAUGACUCUGCCUAGUAGCUGCUACUUAGUUAAAACUGGCCCGCUG